UUAAAUUAUUGAUUUUAUUCAUCAAUCUAUCUUUUAAAUGGUUAUUUUUAAAGAAAAUUUACCCCUACUGUUGAAAUGGGAUUUCCAGGAAGUGACUAGAGGUAGAGACCAUGUGCUGAUCACUGAUCACUGAUAUUGCGACAUUUGUGGAUCGAUUUAAACCGGUUAUACUUUGACUAGCUGGUUAUCGAUUAGCUGGCUAUACUGGUACGUUGCACUGUUCAGUUUUACUUCAGUAUUUUGUGCUGAGCAAAGCUGAAUGUACUGCAAUUAUAAAUGAUAAUUUGCUUGCUUCAUACUGAGUGUAUGAUUCAAUAUUGCACUUUUUGCAGUAUCGUAAAACAUGGGUGACUCUGGAGACAGUAUGGGAACCACUUCUGAAUCUGCAGUUUCAGAAUCAGAUGCCAUGGAUUGUCCCAGCCUGGAGGGGUCUGAUGACUCGGACUGGGAGGAAUGUGAUGAUGACGAAUCAGAAGGCAGCGUUCUCUGCCUGUUCUGCAUGGAAGAACUCGUGUCAGCAGAAGAUGUGUUUCAGCACUGCAAUACAGAACAUCAGUUUAAUGUACAGAAAUUUGUCAUCAAAAAUAACUUGGACAUGUACGGUUACAUCAAGUUCAUCAACUACAUACGCAGUGAGAAACCUCCUCCAACAGGUAUCAGUGAAUCUCCCCCAGGUACAGAGGCACCUUGGGACAGUGACCAAUAUUUACAACCAGUCCUACAAGAUGACCCCCUCCUCUUCUAUGAUGUGGAGGAGUGGACCAAUCAGGCUCCUGUUACUAUGGAGACAGAAGAGAGUGACAUCACAUUGCCAUCACAACAGUACAGAGCUUUACUGGAGAGACUGCAUCAAGCUGAGGCCAGGUCAGAGGUCACUGAGGGGCAGCUGCACGAUGCACUGAAGGACAUUGAUCGUCUCAGACAAACAGCAAAAACCUUCAUCUUGUCAGACCAGUCCAAAGACCAGCAUGCCUUGCAGCCUUCCCAUGGUGCAGUUGCACAGUUGAGGGAAGAUGAGGAUGCUGCUUACUUCAGUUCGUACUCUCACUUCAGCAUCCACAUGGACAUGUUACAGGACAAGGUGCGGACAGAGAGCUACAGGGAUUUCAUCACGACCAACCAGCAUCUUUUCAAGGACAAGGUGGUCCUAGAUGUUGGAUGUGGAACAGGUAUUCUCUCCAUGUUUGCUGCCAGAGCUGGAGCAAGUCAGGUGAUCGCUGUAGACCAAUCAGAGAUCAUCUACAAAGCCAUGGAUAUUGUCAGAGAAAAUAAUCUCAAUCAUGUCAUAAAGCUGAUAAAAGGUCGGGUGGAGGACAUUCAACUACCAGUUGAGAAGGUCGAUGUAAUCAUCUCAGAGUGGAUGGGUUAUUUCCUGCUGUUUGAGUCUAUGUUAGACACAGUUCUGUAUGCUCGGGACCGAUGGCUGGCUCCUGGUGGCUCAGUUUACCCUGACAGAUGUACGAUCAGUCUGAUUGCGAUUGGCGACACAAAAAUGCACAGCAACCGAGUUGCCUUCUGGGACGACGUCUAUGGCUUCAAGAUGACCUGUAUGAGGUCAGAUGUCACCAAGGAGGGGUCAGUUGAGGAAAUUGACCCAGAAACUGUGAUGUCGGAGCCUUCUCUCAUCAAGAUGGUUGACUGCUGUUCAGUGUCGGUAGCUGAGUUGGAUUUUACAGCAGACUUCAGUUUAAAGGCAACAAGAGAUGGGACAUGCACGGGUAUUGGUGGCUACUUUGAUAUCGUGUUUGAGAAGGACUGCACAAAUAAAGUAUACUUCUCCACUGCACCUAACUGCAUGAAAACACACUGGAAACAAACUCUGUUUCUACUGGAGAAACCAGUGGACAUGAAACAAGGAGACCUUCUGAGUGGAAAAAUCUCUGUUAAAAAGAACAAGAAAGACCCAAGAGCUCUUGUUAUCAGAAUAGAAAUAGCAAACGCUGGUCAAGUGUUAGAUUUCCAGUUGCAAUAACCCUUUUCAUCUUAAUUUCUUAUGAGAUAGUAGCAUAUAGUUAACUUGCCCUAUCAAUAAGAUAAUGUUUUCAAUUAUUUUCACAAUUAUUCUAUUUUAUUCAGACAUGUUCUGCUAUGGUUCCAUUUGCAUCUGUGCCAAAAGUAUGUCCUGGUGCACUGCCGGAUACUGGGGGGUACCUCUUGGUGUUUUCAAGUUCAUGUGUACGUUAUAACAUCUAUUUGUCCCAGGUCCCUGGUUGAUUUUAACUGCGAGUUAAAAAAUCCAGGGCCCAGCCAUGUCCUAGAAUUGCUAGGCAGCUUCAGGGUGUCCCAUGGGGUCAUGCUAGAAAGUGCAGAAAAACAGCCACAUGAGGGGCCACUUGUUCCCAAUGGGACCAUACGACAUAUAACACUACAAAGUGCCAAUGAAGAACAUUAGUUUUAAUGCUAAAUGAUGUCAAGAAAGUUAAAAGUGGAUUCCACUGGAGUUUGUGCCGAUGUGGUAUAGUGUAAAAUAAGAAAGCUAUUAAAGUAGCAGUAAUUCAAAUUAUUGUGACUUCUAUUGAUAUUAUGAUAGAAAUUCGUACUAACCAGCAUUACUUCUGUAAUUUGUCAGGUAAUAAAAAAAAAAGAAUGAGAAGAAAAUCAA